UGCAAAGAGAGAUGGGUCCGUCACGCGUUGACGGUCGAGUCGCCCUCCUUUUUUUCUGUUCCUCACCCACACCGUCGCUCGUCCCCUCCCCCACUGCCAGUCAUGACCACGGCCAACAAGGGUGUCCCCGCCAACCUCAUCGCCUUCCCCAGCGUCUCCUCCUCGCUGCACUCGCUACCGCAGGCGACCAGCAUGCAGAGCGUCUCCCUCCAUCCCAACAUGUACGCUCAGCGCGCCCAGGAGAGCGAAGCAAAGGUCCAAAAGGCCCUCUCAAAAACACCCUCCUCGUUCACACCACACGCCCAGUCGAUGGUGUACCGCGCACAGGCUUCGAUGCCCGCCUCGGACCCGUCGUCGCCACUCAUGAUGCGCUCAGAAUCCAAGUUCUCGACAUGAAUGGAGCGAAGAACGCCGACUUUUUCUUUCGCCUUCGCCUUUGCUUGAACUACCUCCGCACCGCCCUCCGUUCGCCUUCGUCCAUCCGCCUUCGCCCCUCCCACUUUCACCCACCCUCCACCUUCACCCACUUCUACCCUCACCUCCCUCCCUCCUCCACCCACCCUCCACCAUCUUCGCUUCCACUGCUUUCGCUACCGCUAGACUCGGGGCACCCAAAAAUUCCCUUCACUCGUCUUGCUUUCCUCGCUUUCCUGAUUCUCGCAUGCAUCUAUAGACCUUCCCCAUGUCCCGUCCAUGUAUCGUUGUCUGCAUCGUCUGUCUCUUUCUCUUCCUCUGUCUCCCUGCCUUCGCCCUCCUCGUCACCACCCUCGCCCUCGCCCUCGCCCACUCAUCACCACCCUCGCCCUCUCGCUCGCUCGCUCGCUCGCAUCUAAA